CCAAGGCCAUCAAGGGAAAUACGGCAGCGCGAAGCAAAUUUAGAGAGGCAGCUGAGAGAGACACAGCAACGUGAAGAAAAUUUGCAAAGACAGCUGAGGGAGAUGCGGCAACGUGAAGAAAACUUACAAAGGCAGCUGAGAGAGACACAGCAACGUGAAGGAAACUCACAAAGGCAGUUGAGGGAGAUGCAGCAACGUGAAGAAAACUCACAAAGGCAGUUGAGGGAGAUGCAGCAACGUGAAGAAAACUCACAAACGCAUUUCAGGGAGAUGCAGCAACGUGAAGAAAACUCACAAACGCAGUUGAGGGAGAUGCAGCAACGUGAAGAAAACUCACAAACGCAUUUGAGGGAGAUGCAGCAACGUGAAGAAAACUCACAAAGACAGUUGAGGGAGACACAGCAACGUGAAGAAAACUCACAAAGGCAGUUGAGGGAGAUGCAGCAACGUGAAGAAAACUCACAAAGGCAGUUGAGGGAGAUGCAGCAACGUGAAGAAAACUCACAAACGCAUUUGAGGGAGAUGCAGCAACGUGAAGAAAACUCACAAAGGCAGCUGAGGGAGACACAGCAACGUGAAGAAAAUUUGCAAAGACAGCUGAGACAACGGCUUGGAAACUAAAAUUUGAUAGCAUUUUGUUUUGAAUAAGGGUAUGCGCAUGAUUUUCAGUUGAACAUGCCUAGCGAGCGUAAAAAUCGCAUCCAGUCUGAGGAUUAAUGAGAGAGGGAAAAUUUUAUACAUUUAGGCAUGAUAAAAUUCAAGGGAACAUUGGUACUUAAAAAUAACAUCUCAUAGGCAUGGAAAAAAUGGGUUCAUGCCCUCGAAGCCCAAAAUUGACCCCAGCUAAACUUAGGUCCCAGAUCUCUCGCCGGGUUGAUAAUUCAUUCCCAGUUUCUGCUCCUCUUGUUUGGCAUGCCGGGCAUGCCGAUGGUGAAGCCAUUUGGUUUGGCAUGCCCGGCAUGCCAGGCAAGAAAUUGGCAUGCCCAGCGAGACUGAUUUUGAUUUUCGCUUCAGCAUCAUAUCCUGCGAAUCACAUGUAAUCGCCAAAUAUAUCUUAAGGAGCUUGAAGUUACAGGUUUCAUGCCUGGCAAUAAAUGCAGAUUAUAACAAAGAAAGUCAUGUUUGUCACAAUGUGUGUCACGGGAUAGACUGGCAAAACUGAAGAGAGAAGCCUGGAUUUAUAAAUAAAAAGCACAACAAAACAACAUUAUUCAUGCAUAAAAUAGAAUUCUUAACUUGCAAUCAAAGAUUAAUCCUUUUAUUUCAAACCGAUACUGACAUUUCUGGGUCCAGAUUUAAAUUUGAUCGCGGAAAAGCGUCUUAAACAAUAAGAUAACAAAUCUUCUCAGUAUAAACUUAUCCAUGCUUAAGUUUUAUCGCGUCGGAAUGUUUCCCGGUCAACAGCAUUAAAAGACUGGUGAAAAUGAAGCUUACCAGGUCGUUCAAGUCAGUACGAGAGUACGAAGUUAAUACUGCAAAGACGUUCUGAUUUGGUGAAUUUGGACUGCCUUCUCAGAGAGAUUUUGCUUAGUUUUUCAGUGCGCUCCUUGUCGGCUAUGCGAAUCUCGCAAACUGUUUUACUCCUUGCUGACGAUAGUCCUUUGAGCAACGUCAUCUGCGUCAUCCGAAGAUACCCCGAGCACGCACGAAAUCGGCCGAAUUUCCGCAGAAGUGUUUUCGGAUGACGAGGAAUCUAGUUUGUUGUAGCGUGGCAGUUGUGGCGUCACGAUGUCGUCAUGUCUCUUCGCACUUGUUUGUCUUUUUUUUCUGCGGUGCAUGGUUGAGAUGUUGGUGAAUGCUGGACAAGAAAUGGAUUCUGCGAGAGACUGUAAGUACAAAUUUAGUAUUAAUUUGGUAAAGAAAAAGCCUGAAUAUCGAACAAAUCCCGUGAAUUAUCCUUUUGGCAUUCAGUUUAUCUUGCUGUUGAGCAUGCCUAAGAACUCCGGCAUAAGUGGUUGUCAACUUGUUCACUUCGGAUUGUUUCUGUUUGUAUGUCUUGUAAUCUUCUUCUGCUGCUAAGAAGACUAGAGAAAACUUCAAAAAUAAGAAACCAAAGCUAAAAAAAGUCAGUUCUAAUUUUAUAGCUCGAGUAUAAUUAUUUUUGGCACCUACGGUCAUAUUUUUCCACUGUACUGGUAAAGUUACUUAUUUUUGCUGCAUAGUUUGACUGUUGUUUGAAAGACAAUCAAACGGAUAUUACAAUCACUUUUGGAGACAAAAUAAAAUAUCCGUAAAUCAAAUGCCAAAAUCAGAUUUGGAUUUCGCUUUAAAAAAAUGAACAUGCUGCGCGUGUCAAUGCAAAGUUGUAAACAACUCAAUAUAAGCAGUCUGUGAAUGUGCGUUUAGGUCCACAAAACUAAUUUUUCUUUUGGACAUCUCAUCCAAGCAAAGACUUAAGGCUUACAUUGCUUGUCUACGAGUGUACUACAAAAUGCUUUGCUACAGUAAGCCUCUGAGAGGCGAUUCUGGUAAAUUUAUAGGACGCUAAAAUGCAAAUAAUUCUAAGCUUAAACAACCUGGCUGGGUCCGACUUUUGAAUUACAAAAUGUUCAGGUUUGCCGGCUCUACUUUAAAUGAACAUGGUUUUUGAAAUGAUUUUGUAAUAUUUUAACCCGAAAAUUAUGAUUGGGUUAUAAAGCUUUUAAAACGGACGAAAACUAAGCUAAUAAACAUGUUCAAUGUAAAAAACUAAGAUUUAGUCGCUUUUUCAACUUUGCUUUGUGGGCCGAAAAAUUUACCUUUACGCAAAAACAAAAGCAAAUAAUGAGGCUUUUAUUGGACAUAUUUUCUGAGAAUUUUAUCUGAUCAAUUUAAUGUCACUAGCAUUGUUUUCGUAUAGGAAUUUUCCUAAUUAAAUGAGCUUUUAAUUUAAUAAUUUUGAUACUCUAUAAACUUCUCAUUUGAUAGCCUCACUUUUUUAUACACCGAUUGAGAAACAAAUUCGCUCUCGUUAAAUCCUAUUUUAUGACCUAUUUAUUAGAACUCUAGGUAACAUACGAAAUGAUGUAACCGGACAGGCUUUAACCUUUGGUCCUAAUUUAUUUUUUCUUCGCAACCCCUAAUCAGUUGACGGGCCGUGAAAGAAUAUCGCCACAAAAAGAUGCGAAAAAGUUUUCGCUGAGUUUCCUUUACAUAUUCCGGCUUUAUAUGGGUCUACACCCCAAUUGCCUGCUUAAAAAUGAAACUGUUGUUCAAUUAAGUGUCAGUCAAACUCGGUAUAAUCUUGACUUGCAAAUCCAAAUGCAAAGGUUUAUUUCGCAGUAGAAAAGCGUGUAAACAUCAUCGAACAGCGCAAUGUAAAUUGGCUAAUGUGAAACCACGUUUCUUUCACUUUAUUUACCAUGUAUUUAUCUCAAUUGCACACUCUUGUGAAAUUAGCCUCAGACAAUUAGUUGCGACCUUUAACAGACUCAACAAGCCAGUAUGAAAAUAUGUUAAGAGAAGCUGAGCUCUACAUGUUCUAUUUCUUUUUUUCAUAUUGCCCUUGCAUGUGUUAAGAUUCCAUUUCUUUUUUGUUACAGGUAACUUCCAGACAUGACGAGGAGAUAAUUACUUUUCUAGAGAGCAAUCCUUUGAUACCGUCAGUUAUUACUGUCUACUUUGAGUUAAAAACGAAGAACACAGACACUGGUAAUGACAAAAAAACAUUAAUCCCUGGCAAGCCUACAAAACAAGAAAGAGGAACUCAGACUCCUUAUCAAAAUGUGAAACAAGAUAAAAAGAGCUUUUCUAACGUAGGGAAAAUUGCGUUCGAGAGAUUUGUAAUUGCAACGUUAUAUUCAAGCACAUUGCAUUGUCAAACAUCAUAAUUUACUGAAUAAUGAACAGUGAUUUUGGGGCUUAGCUCAGUUUGUAAUGAACUUUGAAAGAUAUUCUAUAACCUUGUAUUUUUAAAAGCUCUUAUGGAACAUAGAUGCAUUUUAUUAUACAAUGAAAAUAGUCUCUGUCUCUCUUUUUACUGAUUUCAGUCAAUUCCAAUUUAUUCGCAAUGUGAAAUGGGAAUCCUAUUAAAGACUCAUUAAAAGGGGUGAGGAGGUUUUACAAUCCCCCAACAGGUCAUCUCCACGAUGACGCUGUUUUAUUACUUCGGCAGAAUCCCUCAGGGUUUUACUUUCUUGUGAAAAUUAGAGCUUUUGUUAUUUAAACUUCGCUGGGACAACCAAAUCUAUGAAAAUGAAAGGAAUAGCAAUGACGUCAUCGUGUAACCGUACAUCAAAAGAUAAGCACUGUGAUCUGUUUAUUUUUUUUUUAGCCAGGCUUAAAAUAUCUGUAGAUUCAAGGAAUUAUAACCUGUGCGUUGAAACAUGCCAGAGACCGAUUUUGGCAUGCCCGGCAUGACCCAGAUUAUGGCACGCCCGGCAUUCCAGAGAGUUUAGCAUGCCGGGCAUGUCAGAAAAUUUGGCAUGCCCGGCAUGCCGGGGAUUUUGCUGGGUAUGAAUUACUUAUUACUAGAACCUAGGCUUCUCGCGGCCUGGGUGAGAAGGUCACAGAACCUCAAAUUAAGCUUACAGGGCAUGCGAAAUUCUGUUGCAUGCCAAUUUCAAUGCAAAACCACUCUGGGGCCACCCCCUCUAUUACCAGUGAGCAAAUCAUUGACGAUAGGCAUGGGAAAAAUCCUUGCAUGCUAACCAACAUUGAAAACGUAGCAGAAAUGUCCUCAAUUGCUGAGUCAUGCCCUAGGGGAGGCUUUAAAAUACAGAAUUUCCUGACAUGGAUGAGGGAAUUUUCCGUAAACAGCAUGUGAUCAUGCCGGCUAGGACGUAUUGCCUCCGUAUUGCCCCUUUUUACAGCUAGCUAGGCUCAUUUUUAGGUUCCAUGGCCUGAAAUGACGAAAAAUUCAUGCCCUAAAUGUAAAAAGUCCAAAAACGUCCUCAAAAUUUUAGUUUCCAAGCCGUUUAGAGAAAAAGAUCAGGAAGUAAAUGAGCUAGAGUUAAGUCUUUCCUUAGCUCAGCUAACAAUAAGUGAACAGCAACAACAGGAAACAUGCGAUUGGCUCAUUUCCCGCGAUGAAAUUCAAAUGACCAAUAAAUGCCUUGGCAGCGGAGGCUGGGGAAGUGUUUAUGAAGGCGUGUAUUGUGGCUGUACUGUAGCGGUAAAGCAAAUUCAUGACCUGAUUCUCUCCCCUCAUAACAUACUUCUUUUUGAGAGAGAAAUGAAUAUUGCAUCCAAGUGCCGCCAUCCUCACUUGCUUCAGUUUAUCGGCGCCACUAACGAUGAAGGAAACCCUCUGUUUGUGACCGAGCUGAUGGAGAAAAGUCUGCGAGCUCUGUUAGAACGGCAACAUCUCGCCGAAAUAGAAAUACGCGUAAUUUCUCUGGAUGUAGCCCGAGCAAUUAACUAUCUUCAUCAGAAGAAACCAGAGCCUAUCAUUCACCGGGAUGUGAGCAGUGCGAAUGUGUUGCUAUGGCGACAGGGUGACCAAUGGAGAGGCAAAGUUUCAGAUUACGGCACUGCUAAUUUCAUGCAGCGGACCAUGACAGUGGCUCCUGGAGCUAUGAUUUACAGCGCUCCUGAAGCGCUUACAUCAAACCAAACAGUCAAGGUAAGUUUCUAA